CCCCUCGAACUUCUCAACGGGAUCCCUCCAGGAGUCCAUGGCGUCAUGGAGAUGAUUACAUCACUGAACAAAGAGGCAGAACAGAUGAUGAUAGGAUUGAUAAUCGAAGGGACAGACACAGAUACAGCAGUGACCGUGAAGACCGAAGUCAUGGAAGAGAAUCACGCCAUCGGUAUGAAGACGAUUAUGAUGGAAGUUAUGGAAGAAAACGCUCACGAACACCAGGUUUGUGUUGACUUCUUAUUUGAUGAAUUUUCUUUUUUCUUAGCACAAUUGCAACCAGGAAAUGUUUGGCUUUUUUUUUCUUUUACACAUUUUAUGUAGUUGGAACAAUUUUUACCUAACCCUAUUAGCUGAAGUGAGCAUGUGGACUACUGUGUCAAUCUAACUUUCCCCUUGAUUAAUUUUCAGGGAGAUAUGAUUGGGAUGAUGGAAGAUGGGAAUGGGAAGAAACUCCUGUUCGUGAUGAUACCUCUAACUCAGGUCAGCGGCGUCAGCCUUCAAGGUCCCCAAUGUUUGUUGGGGCAUCACCUGAUGCACGAUUAGUUUCACCAUGGUUGGGUGACCAUACUCCUUCGGCUGGCUCCAGUGCUUCCCCUUGGGAUCGGGUUUCUCCUUCUCCUAUACCAAUACGAGCUUCUGGGUCGUCAGAUAGGUCCUCUGUUUCUAGACGGGGUGGGAGAUCUCAUCAGCAUACUUUCUCUGUUUUAAGCUCCCAACCAUUAGAGGAAGGAGAAAAGCCAUUCGUGUCUGAAGAACAUAAUCCUGAGAUUACUGAGGACAUGCGUUUGGAAAUGGAAUAUACUUCUGACCGAGCAUGGUACGAUAGAGAAGAAGGUAACACAUUGUUUGAUUCUAAUAGCUCAUCAUUUUUCUUUGGAGACGAAGUUUCAAUCCAGAAAAAAGAGGCAGAGUUGGCUAAAAAGCUGGUUCGUAGAGAUGGCUCCAAGAUGACACUAUCUCAAAGUAAGAAGUUAUCUCAACUUACUGCUGAUAAUGCCCAGUGGGAAGACCGGCAACUGUUGAGAUCUGGUGCUGUUAGGGGAACUGAAGUGCAGACUGAAUUUGAUGAUGAGGAUGAACGCAAGGUUAUUCUCCUUGUGCAUGAUACAAAACCCCCUUUUUUGGAUGGAAGAGUCGUUUUCACUAAACAAGCGGAACCAGUAAUGCCUCUAAAAGAUCCCACAUCCGACAUGGCCAUCAUUUCACGCAAAGGAUCUGCUCUAGUCAGGGAGAUUCGUGAUAAACAGAGUCAGAACAAGUCUCGCCAACGGUUUUGGGAACUUGCUGGCUCAAAACUUGGUGAUAUUCUUGGUGUUGAGAAAACAGCGGAGCAGAUUGAUGCUGAUACUGCUGAAGUGAAUGAAGAAGGUGAAGUCAAUUUCAAGGAAGAUGCAAAAUUUGCACAACACAUGAAGAAGGGCGGUGAAGCUGUGAGUGAUUUUGCAAAGUCAAAAAGUCUUGCAGAGCAGCGGCAAUACCUUCCUAUAUUCUCUGUGAGGGAUGAGCUGUUGCAGGUGAUACGUGAAAACCAGAUAGUAGUUGUAGUUGGAGAAACUGGGUCGGGAAAGACUACUCAACUGACACAGUAUCUACAUGAAGAUGGCUAUACAGCAAAUGGAAUUGUGGGUUGCACCCAGCCCCGUCGUGUGGCAGCCAUGAGUGUUGCCAAGAGAGUUAGUGAAGAGAUGGAGACUGAAUUGGGGGAUAAAGUUGGUUAUGCAAUUCGGUUUGAGGAUGUGACUGGAAAAAACACCAUAAUCAAGUAUAUGACUGAUGGAGUACUCCUACGUGAAACAUUGAAAGAUGCUGAAUUGGAUAAGUACCGGGUCAUUGUCAUGGAUGAAGCACACGAGAGAUCAUUAAACACAGAUGUACUGUUUGGGAUAUUGAAGAAGGUGGUUGCACAGCGUCGUGAUUUCAAGCUCAUAGUGACAUCUGCAACUUUAAAUGCUCAGAAGUUCUCGGAUUUCUUUGGAAGUGUACCAAUAUUCCACAUCCCUGGGCGAACUUUCCCUGUGAAGACCUUAUAUAGCAAGAGUCCUUGUGAAGACUAUGUAGCAGCGGCUGUUAAGCAAGCUAUGGCUAUCCACGUCCAGAGUCCUGCCGGUGACAUCCUCAUAUUUAUGACUGGGCAAGACGAAAUUGAGGCAGCGUGCUAUUCCCUUGCAGAGCGCAUGGAGCAGAUGGCUGCGUCCACCAAGGAUGUUCCUAAGCUUUUGAUCCUUCCAAUAUAUUCUCAGCUUCCUGCUGAUUUGCAAGCAAAGAUAUUUCAGAAAGCUGAAGAUGGAGCUCGGAAAUGCAUUGUGGCGACCAACAUUGCUGAGACUUCAUUGACUGUGGAUGGAAUCUUUUAUGUUAUCGACACAGGAUAUGGUAAAAUGAAGGUUUACAACCCAAGGAUGGGUAUGGAUGCUCUGCAAGUUUUCCCUGUCAGCCAAGCGGCUGCCAAUCAGCGUGCAGGACGUGCUGGUAGAACAGGCCCUGGCACAUGCUACAGGCUGUACACCGAGAAUGCGUACCUGAACGAGUUGUUGCCAAGUCCAGUGCCGGAGAUUCAGAGGACCAAUCUCGGUAACGUAGUUCUUCUGCUGAAGUCUCUCAAAAUAGAGAACUUGCUGGAUUUCGAUUUCAUGGACCCACCUCCGCAAGAUAAUAUUUUGAACUCUAUGUACCAACUGUGGGUGUUGGGCGCGCUGAGCAACGUUGGAGGUCUGACUGAUCUUGGAUGGAAAAUGGUCGAGUUCCCCCUGGAUCCUCCACUAGCUAAGAUGCUUUUGAUGGGAGAGCAAUUGGGAUGCUUAAAUGAGGUUUUGACUAUUGUAUCAAUGCUCUCGGUCCCCUCUGUGUUCUUUCGGCCCAAGGACAGGGCCGAGGAGAGUGAUGCUGCACGGGAGAAAUUCUUUGUUCCAGAAUCUGACCAUUUGACUCUGCUCAACGUCUUUCUGCAAUGGAAGGAGCACCAGUAUCGGGGAGAUUGGUGUAACGACCAUUACUUGCAUGUCAAAGGAUUGCGCAAAGCCAGAGAAGUUCGGUCUCAGCUGCUGGAUAUUCUGAAGACUUUGAAGAUUCCAUUGACGACCUGUGGGCAUGAUUGGGAUGUGAUCCGGAAGGCGAUCUGUUCUGCGUACUUUCACAAUGCAGCAAGGUUGAAGGGUGUUGGUGAGUAUGUAAACUGCAGGUCAGGAAUGCCGUGCCACUUGCACCCGACCAGCGCCCUCUAUGGCCUGGGGUACACUCCAGAUUAUGUUGUGUAUCACGAGCUGGUGUUGACCACAAAAGAGUACAUGCAGUGUGCAACCUCUGUAGAGCCCCAGUGGUUGGCUGAGAUGGGUCCCAUGUUCUUUUCGGUCAAGGAUUCCGAUACAUCGAUGUUGGAGCACAAGAAAAGGCAAAAGGAAGAGAAGACUGCGAUGGAGGAGGAGAUGGAGAAUUUGAGGAAGGCUCAAGCAGAAGAUGAGAGACGAAACAAGGAGAAGGAAAGAGAGAAGAGGGCAAAGCAGCAACAACAAAUAGCAACGCCAGGGCUGCGUCAGGGAUCUUCAACUUACUUGAGACCUAAGAAGUUUGGUUUGUAGAUGUGGCUUGUGUGAAAUUAACUGAAUCUUACAAGGAAGAAAUGUUGUAACUCUCAAUUUUAUUGUGGAGUAAACCAACUAGAAGUCACUUAUUCCCUGUAACUUUGCUACUACCCUCACCUUCCAGUAAAGUGUUCCUCUUGCGAUGGGUUGGACAUGACUGUGAUGUCCUGAGGAUUCUGAAACUUUGUCAAGUGUGGGUGGUGAAAUCACCUAAUGCUGUUGCACUUUAUUCCGUUGCUCCUGCUAUUGUAAGGUUGAAGAGGUUGCGGCUCCACAUUUGGAGGUUGUUGAUAACAUAAGGAGAAGAUGAUUUUGGAUCCCGAACUGGAAGUUUUUGUGUUUUCAGGCCACCUAUAGAAAGUAGUUGAAUCUCUUGCUACUACCCUCACCUUCCAGUAAAGUGUUCCUCUUUUUUUUUUUUUUGGUAAGAAGUGUUCCUCUUGCGAUGGGUUUGGACAUGACUGUGAUGUCCGUGAGUUGGGAUGGCAAAAAUAACUGGAACCGUGGAACUGUGGAUAUUCACUCGAAUUCGACCUAAUCGGGAGGUAUGUUUGUUAAUUUACUAAAAUUGAGGGUAUAAAAUACUAUUCACCCACUAAUAAACUAUAAAUAUACAUGGUCCACCCUGAGGCCGCAGAACCGAAAACCCCUCCCUCGCUCAUACUUGUGGCGCUGGUGCGUGCUAAAGGCACAGAUAUAAAGUGUAAAACCGUUGCUGUCCCGUUCGGCUUAUCAAGCGAAAUGACCAAGGUUGUCAGCCGCGGGUUGACCCGCGGGUCGACCCACUUUGACCAUGGCCUGGUGAGAAAAACGGACCGCAUGCACCCGUCGGGUCGACUGUUACAAGGUACCGGGUUGAAGGUCAAAUUGUGUCAUUUUUUUAUUUUGUUUGCGAAAUGCGUCUAUUUUCCGAUUUUUCUAUUCGCCUAACUCAAUUUUUGGAAUCCUAAGUUGAACAUUUGAAUAUUGAUGUUAAAUAAAUUUGUGUGAAUUUUCACUAUAUGUUGGAUUUAAGUACGACAUGUUAUUUUGGUGUAAUAUUAUAUAUUAUAACUCAUAUGUUAUAUAAAAUUUGACAUAACUUAUCAAGUACAAUAUAAUAACUUUUUCUAUAUUUUCGGGCCAAACCAGGCUAAAAUAGCUGACCUAUUAACCCUUGACCCACUAGGUCGACCGGGUCCGGAUCAACUCGUGAGUAGGGAUGACAAUUUCGACCUGACCCGAUUUACCCGACCUGUUUGACCUGUUUUGGGGCGGUCCAACCCGCCCCGUAGGUGGGGCGGGGCGGGCAUGGGUAUCUCUCAUCGACCCGACCUGCCCUGACCUGCCCAUUCUCGACCCGUUCUUGUCUAAAUUACAUAUAAUCUUAGUCAAAUUACUUAACAUUUUCCUCUUAUUACAUUAUAUUUUAGCUAUAAUAAAGUUGUAAAUAAGUGAAAACCUCAAUUUCUUCAAUAAUUUAAUUACAUUUUAUCAUAUUAUGGUUUCUUUCUUGGUCUUUCAAUGAAAAAAAUGAAUAUUUCUAAUGUUUUUCACAUAAAUUACAUAUACAUUGGGUCGACCUGAUCCGAUCUGCCCCAUAAUAAAUUACCCGACCUGCCAUGAGGCGGGUAUCCAUAUGGGUAUCGAGAUACCCACCCCGACCUGCCCAUUGCAAUCCUGCUCUCGAGUUGAUGACACUUCCAUGAAAUAAUUAUUAAAUUAACUAAACGAAA